AUGCUCGAGCAUCUCAACAGUGUUUCCCAAAGAGUGAGUCUUAAGUUGAACAUGGACAAGACGAAAAUUAUGUCGAACGUUCAUGUAGCAUCCGCUCCAGUUCACAUUGGGAACACUGUUCUCGAAGUUGUUGACCAUUACAUAAACCUAGGACAGUCAAUACAGCUAGUGUCUAAAGACCAAAGUCUUCAACCAGUGUGUGUUGCCAGUUAUGACAUAUGGAUCCGAAAUGUGGUCGCUCAAUAUGGGCCUCAUAAGAAGGCUCAAAGUCGCUCAGCGGGCGAUGGAGAGGGAAAUGCUCGGUAUUUCCCUACGUAA